GUCACGUGACUGUCGCUUCCUUUCAAUUGGAGUCGAGAGGAGCGGAUCAGUUUAUUUCUUUACACUCAGUUAAAGAGUCUGUUUAGCACAGGGUGUCUGUGAAGGUGAGAGAGAGAGAGAAGAAGAGGAAGAAGAGGAAGAAAAGGAGGAAGAAGAAGAGUUGAGGAGAGUAGAGUGCAUCCUCCUCCGUCUUUCGCCUCAGAGCUGUGAACGGCUCACUGGAUUUCAGAAUGCAUGUGACGGGGCUUCUGUUUGCGUCAGCGCUCUGUGUGGCCACCUUGGGCCUGGACAAUGGAGUGAUGAGGACGCCUCCCAUGGGCUGGUUGGCGUGGGAACGAUUCCGCUGUGACAUCGACUGUGAGCACGACCCCAAGAACUGCAUCAGUGAGAAUCUGUUCAUCGACAUGGCCGACAGACUCGCAGAGGACGGCUGGAGGGAACUCGGCUACGUGUACGUGAACAUAGACGACUGUUGGUCGUCCAUGCAGAGAGACGAGAAGGGACGUCUGCAGGCCGACCCUAAGAGGUUCCCAGGAGGCAUCCCGAAACUGGCACGCUACCUGCAUGACAGGGGGCUGAAGCUGGGGAUCUACGGGGACAUGGGCACACACACCUGUGGGGGCUACCCGGGCACGCCUCUGGACAAGAUCGAGAUAGACGCUCAGACCUUCGCAGAGUGGGAGGUGGACAUGUUUAAAUUUGACGGCUGUUAUUCAAACGCCACAGAGCAAGCGCAGGGUUAUCCUCUCAUGUCAAAGGCUUUAAAUGCUACCGGCCGUCCCAUUGGAUACUCCUGCAGCUGGCCUGCCUACCAGGGUGGCCUGCCUCCUAAGGUAAACUACACUCAGCUGGGCCAGAUCUGCAACCUGUGGCGUAACUAUGGCGACAUCCAGGACUCUUGGGACAGUGUCCUGAACAUUAUCGACUGGUUCUUUGAGAACCAGGACGUCCUGAUACCUGCAGCAGGACCUGGAAGGUGGAACGACCCUGAUAUGCUGAUCAUUGGCGACUUUGGCCUCAGCAUGGACCAGUCUCGGAGUCAGAUGGCUCUGUGGGCGAUCAUGGCUGCUCCUCUUUUCAUGUCCAAUGACCUGCGCACCAUCAGCAGCGGGGCUCGCAAUAUCCUGCAGAACAAGAUGGCCAUCACCAUCAACCAGGACCCUCUGGGCAUCCAAGGAAGGCGCCUUGUGAAGGAGAAGAGUGGCAUUCAGGUGUUCUGGCGCCCCCUGUCAAGAAAUGACAGUGCUCUGGUGUUCUUCAGUCGUCGUACCGACAUGCCGUACCGCUACCAGACUAACCUCAAAAAACUCAACUACACCAUCGGCAGCUACAAGAUCUACGACGUCUUCACUGACAAGACCAUGGUGCUGAAAGACUCCACUGACUUUGUGGUGUCAGUGAACCCCACAGGUGUGGUCAUGUGGUACGUGUCUGCGCCUGCCAAACUCAGCCUCCGCCGGUUCUAUAAAGAUGGCAGACUCCAGGGAUUCGGCUACGAUGACGAUGUAAACGCCACCCCUCGUGUUUUCCUCUGAUCUUGCUGCCUCAGUGCAGCAGCUCUUGAUAAAGUUUUAACCGACAGGAGUGCACACGAACAUCGUUUGGUGCUUAAAGGACUUAUUUCUCUAUUUUACCACAAAGUGCCAUUUAAUAGCUGUAAAUUGUGUCGUGUUAAAGUGAUGGCCCUGUGAAUUACAAGGAUUAAAAUCACUUAAAGCUCAGGGACAGCUGUUUUGCAUCUAGAUUCACUAUUCCAUUUUUUAAGUGAUCCUUCGCUCAAAUUCUGCACUCACAGCAUCAAUAUGAUCAAGUUUAAGCAUCCAAAACAAAACACACUUCAUGUUACAGUAAGGAGAGCAAUGAUUUGUGCCACAUUUUAAGAAAGCAGGGUAGUGUGUGUGUGUUAAAGGUAUACAAUGCAGGAACUGUCCGCUACUGUUUGUAAACAGCAAAACUAAAAGUGAAAGUCACCCAGAGCUUUUCACACAGCAUUGUGUACAUGAUUUUUGUAGCUUCCUCUUGGAUGCGUGCUGCUUACGCUGUGGUACCUGGUUGCUACGUUUUUUAAUCCUAAAAUCAACUGCGCGCUGUGUCCAAGAACACCCUGCACACAGCAAAACAAGAAGAAAGUAAAAAAGAAUUACAGGCAAAAGGGAAGAGGCUCUGCAGAUAAAUACCCCACGCAGACUUCUAGUGGGUCAUAAGUGAUGAUUGGGAGGGAUUACUUCUGUAUGAGUCUAUACUUUUUUUUUUUUUUUUUUUUUCCCUUGGUGAAAUCCUGCAUAGUAUACCCUUAACUGGUCCAGAAAGCACAAAGGAUGAUGAUAAAGGCCUCUGCACUGCUGUUUUUUCUGAAUGUUUACUUUAAAUGCUUUGUUAAAGGUGCAGUCAGCGAUUCUUAUCCAAUACACUUUUUGUCAAAUUCAGUGAAUAUCUUCUCAAGCUGAAAACAUACCAGCCUAACCCUAAACCACACACUGGACAUGUUGAUAUUUUAUACAUUAUAGUAGCAUCAUUUGUGUCAAAUGCCGUUCCCACCAAACACUGGACAUGUUGCCCUGCGGCUCGUCAGCAGACAACCACGCCAAGUUAUCACUACUCACUGAAAGACCUAUACCUCUUCUACAUCUGUGUUAGCUUAAAAUCAUGUGGAGGCCCCUUAUCAAACUUGAUUUCUCACUUAAGAGCCGAUCUCCAGAGCGACGACUCGCCUGGCAAUAUCUUUUUGGCCAUUGUCUUUAUGAUGAGGGGAUCGUGGGUUGUUUACCUCGGGAUAUUUGUUGAUCUCAACAAUGAGCCUCUCCUCAUCUCAUUCUUUGUCACACACGAGACACAGCAACAGCUACAGAGUUCUCAUUAUGCAUCAAUGGUGAGGAGAGGAGUGGAGCUGCCAUAGGAGCUGAGAAAAGAGCUGCUACAGGGGCUGUACAAGCAGAGAGCAAGUGGGGGGAAAAUGCAUUUAAUUCUGAAGGCAGCGAGGCUUUAAAUAGGACAGUGGCGUAAAGUGACGUGGGGUGGUGCGUACAGGAGCGCCAACGCGUGUCUAGCCUCCGCUGGUGUGGGGAUGUACAUUAAAAAUAAUAGGGGCGUAUUUUUUGAAGUGUGGUGUUCGCUGCCGGUGUGUUUUGGCCUCCACGGUCCACAAGCUGUCUGUGUAAGCUGAAAAAAAGUUCUAAUGUUCCUACACAGCCCUGGCUCUGUAAAUGGGAGACAAACAAAGUGGCUCGGACCUGGCAUUCAUGCUCAUGCGUGGAGCAGGGAAAGGCUGUGGAUGUACAAAGAGAAAGGCAGUGGGAGUUAGAGGGACGGUAAAUUUGCCAUAGUUUAUUUUUUUGGUUGUUAAAAAUAUCAACAAUCUUCCUCCAGAAUCGCUGACUCCACCUUUACUUGAGAAUCGUUUUAGUGUGUUUAAGAAAUGAAAGUUUUUAUAAGAAAUGAUUCUGUGAAUGAUGUGUUUUUGCCUUUACUGAAAUAAAUCAUUUGCUUUUCAAUCAGGCAAA